UAAAAUAAGUAAUUCAUUGUCUUCAUUGGGGGAAACAAAUCAGUGGUCGGCGGGUUGUUGAGUGUGUGGUGCGGUGUUAAGAAAAGCGUUAAUUCAUUUGCCCUUUUUAGUGAUACGUGUAGCCCUUCGCAACACUUCGGCUGUUCAGGAGGGAGGCAUCGCAUCUCCCUGGCCUCUGGUGAAGACCGUCCCCGCCCUCCACGCCCUGAAGGAUGCGGCGACGGGGUGAGAACCGGAUAAACGAAUUGGCCGCGGCGCGAGUCAGUCUUCGCUGUCACCGCCUCUCUAAAGGUCGCGCGAGUCAGAAGCAUUGGCGGCAGGGAGUGAACAAGCGAAGCACCCAUCUGUUGGCUUUCCCAGAAGGCCUCACAGGGGCGGGCGGCGAGGCGGCAAAUUUCCAAGGCGAGGACGACGACCAGGAAGAGAAGUGGUCGUGUGAGAGAAAUGUGCGCCGUGUUGAGAGCCCGGGGGUCUUAGUUCCUUACGCCUCGUGCAAAGAAUACGGCUUCAGAUUGUGCGGAGCUUAUUCCAUGCUGACCGAGCGUCGCUGUGAGGCUGCCUGGCUGUUCCCGAGGCGCAAGGUGGCCAGAUCUCCACGUCACAGGAGUAAUGGCUGCCAGGGACCUGCACGCCCGGCCACUGGAAGGGGCGUGCCGAGGGCGUGCUGGGCCUGGGGCGUGAGGCGGCAGGCUCAGGUGAAGGGCCUCGCCGUGUUCUUUGCCCCCUCGCGCCGCUCACUCAACCGGUCUGUCCCGUCCGCCCCCACCUGGCGCCGUCCACCGACCUGGCCGCCUUCUAAAACACAGUGCCCGCCAGCCUCCGUGCGGGCAAAUUCCUCGGGAUUCGGCAGGUGAAUGUCAGGCUUUUAUUUUUGUAUUGCUCAAGUUUUUAUUCCUCCUGAGAAUUUUUACCGCGCUCGUGUAUCUUGUGUAUCUUGUAAUGGCCGCGUACCUGUCUUUCUACCUGCCUGUCUGUCUGUGUGUGUGUGUCUUUCUGUAGCCAUUCCCACUGGCUUUUUAGCUCUCCUGGUUGAUGUUAUAGUUCUACCUCAGUUUUAUUCAGGUAUUUUAUCCACCUUAAACAUUUUUAUUCGUUAUUCUCUGCAUCUUGUAAUGUCCAUUGGCCUGUUCGCCUGUCUGUCUUUCUGUAGCUGUCAUAAUUGCCUUUUUAUCUUAAAGUGACUGUUAUACUUUUGUUUGUUUUGAUCACGUGUUAUUUUCUCACCUAUAAGUUUCUACUCUCUCUCGUUCUGUCUGUCUGUAUGUCUUUAGGUGACCGUCAUACUUCUACAUAUUGUAAUCAACUGUUAUUUUCUCACGUUAAAGAUUUUUACUCAUUCACAUUAUAUAACAUCCAUGCACCUGUCAGUCUAUCUACCUGUACCUGACUUCAACCUUAUAGUCAUUCACCUUUUCAUUAUCUUCCUAAUCCAAUGAGGCGUGACUGAAUGAAACCUCCCUCGCUUCACAUCCCAGUAAAAUCAAAGCUUUCUGUGUGUCUGUCUACAUGUGCUUAUCUCUCCCUCAAAGUGGUCUUGUGGCCUUAUAAUUAAUGUGCCCCCAGACCUGUUUGUCAAGACUCGUAAUGGUCCAGGCUUAAAAGUAAAGAUUUAUUGAUUUCUUGAGCUGUUGAGAAAAAAAAUGACGCAAAAAACACGUUAAGCAAAGAGGCAGACAUCGGGUCACACAAUCUGACUCGUGCCCCCAGAAAACUUAAUCUUAAGAUCUUUUCCAGGGUUUAGAAGAAGAAAUGUUGUUUUUUUUCUGGUAUUUUCUUGCGCAUACACCUCUUUAUAUAUAGGAAAACUUUAAUUUAAUCGUCUGUUCUUAAAAAAAAAAUAGAAAACAGCAUUUCUAAAGACGAGGCUAUAUUAGUUCUCAUAUUCCUCUAACAAUUAAGAAGUUUAAUAUCCAUAUUCCGAGUGCUUCACAUUGCAAUAACCACAAUGCAGACAAUAACGAUGUGAGAAGGUGGAAAACACACUUGUCAGUAUACAAUGCGUUUUAAGGGGAGUGAAAAACACCUAUUUAAUAUGAGAAGUUUAGGUCCUAGGAAAAUGAAAACAUACACUGAAUAUACAGUGCAUUCUGAGGAGAAUGAAAAUACUGUUUCAAGUCGUAGGAAGGUGAAAAAUUAACAUACUCGUGAAAUAUGUGAUGUGUUUUAAAAAGAAUAAAAAACAUCCAUAAAUUUAAGGAGUUUAAGUCGUAGGAAGGUGUAAAAUUGAACAUAAUCGUGAAACAUUCAGUGUGUUUUAAGGAAGAGAGAAAAACACCCAUAAAUAUAAGGAGUUCAAUUCGUAACAAGAUGAAAAUAUGAACAUGCACGAGAAAUAUACAGUUUGUUUUGAGAAAGGGUAAAAAAAGAUAAAAAAAAUUGCAAAUAACAAUACCAAACAAAUAUCACAAAAGAAAAAAAAAAGAAAAG